GAAAAAACACGGAUUUUUAUCAGCCCAAUGUUUUCAGACACCAUGCACAACUAACCAACAGAGACUAUUGAUGAUUGAUAAGAGUGGGGUCGGGUGGCCAUGGACCCCUUCAGCCAGCUGAUCCUGCUCAUCUCGGUGGUGAGUUUUUGCACCUUCCAGUGGCUCUUUCACAGCGUGAGCCCCUGGGUGUCGUCCAGAAUCAGCCCUGGCUUCCUCAAACUCACCCACAAACAGAAGAUCGAGUGGAACUCAAGGACAGUGUCCACGCUCCACGCCCUGUUGGUCGGCCUUUUCUGCCUCUACAUCCUGUUCUUCGAUGAGGGCGUCAAUCGGGACCCCGUAUGGGGAGAUCCUACUCUGGUGAAGAUAAACGUGAGCAUUACUACAGGCUACCUCAUAUCUGAUCUGCUGCUUAUAUUUUACUAUUGGAGAGCAAUAGGAGACAAGUUUUUUGUAAUCCACCACCUGGCGGCAUUGUAUGCUUACUACUUUGUACUGGGUCAAGGAAUGUUGCCUUAUUUUGCUAACUUCCGUCUGCUUGCUGAGUUUUCCACACCGUGUGUAAACCAACGCUGGUUCUUUGAAGUGUUAGGUUACCCCAAAGUGUCCAAGCCCAACAUGGCUAACGGGGUCCUGAUGGCGGCUGUGUUUUUCCUGGUGCGGAUCGCUGUCAUGCCGGUAUACUACAGCCGAAUGUUCUCCGUGUACGGCACGGAGGCCUUCUACAGGGUCACCCUCGGUGGCCGUAGCGCCUGGAUCUUCUCCAGCAUCUGCCUGGACAUCAUGAACGUCAUGUGGAUGCAUAAGAUCGCCCGAGGCUGCUACAAAGUCCUGCGAUCCAGCCAGAGGCUCAAACCCGAGAUCCAGGAGAAUGGAAAAAACGAUUGAGCAAACGGGCCUGAAGGACAUUCGAAUUUUGUUCACAAACAGGGUCGUUGUCAUAUUGACGGUCUUCAAGGGAGCGGACACUAUUGCAUGAUAGUGACCGGUCGGGAAUGAAAACCACCCCAGAGCAAUAUUUCACAGAGUUAUGACCUGAAAACUCUGACAAAGUGUCAAAUAGAGAUUCUAGUACACCAGAAAAGACUGGCCGCCCACUUUUAGUUUGUGUUUGUUUUCAAAACUGUACACCAGAUGUGCAAACGAUGCACUGUACAAGACCACCGGCUGAACUGUAUUUUUCUGUACGUUUCUAAUUUCAAACUCUGGGCAGGUAAACCACAUUAUUUAUUCAUCAAAGUUCAGUCCGUCUCCCUCAAUCACUGUACUGUGCAGAGGGGCCAAGCGGUCAUGAGUCACCUGAUGUUCACGUUUACUUCAAAGCCGCGUAUAUUGACUGUGAACGUUUCAGCCACACAACUGCACUGCACUAAACGAGGAAAAGCAGCGACCGGGAACGGUGUACUCGAGACGAAUCUCUUGGAAAAUCCACCGUCAUGCU